GUCAAAUGUAAUUGCAAAUUUGUUUUGUAUGUGCAUUAGAGUGAUUUUUUUGAAAACAUUUUCGUUAUAUUUAUGCAUUCGCAAGUAGUUUUAGUCGAAUAUGGAUAAAAAUAAAUCGGAAUCUUUCAUUUUAAGCCUCAACGACAUCGGUCAGAAGAUAUGCACGUCUCAAAGCGAGCCAAAUAAAAAAUAUAUAUUAGACGACGACGGCAACAUGACUGAAUAUUUUCCUCAAGACUCCCUUUCCAGCGUUAAAAUCGACCAGCAAUGUACCGUAAGCGAAGAGGACAGCAACGAUACAAAUCACAGCGAUAACCAGAAUAUCAACUCAUUAGAAUAUCCCACGCAUUUGGGUAUAAUGAACUCCCUAGACAGCGUUACGGAAUUCGAGGAGAAUCUAAUGAACGAGCUGGACUCCGACUUAAUGAACCUCCAGUCACAAUACAUAAUGCAACACAUGGACAUCAGGGAGCCCUUGACGAAGUUGAGGAAACUUAUCGAAAAUAGAUUAGGCGUGGGGUUGCAGGGAUACGUUUUCGCUCUACAGGGUGUACAAAUUCUCGAAGACGAUAAAAAUUUAGUGGACCAGUGCGUACAAGGCGAGGGUUUAGUCCAAAUCAACGUGCAAGUACAGACGAAUUUGAAACGGAUAAAUAUCAUCGAUGUAUUGAAACCGGCCGAAGAUUACGUACAUAUCGAAGAUGCCAAAGAGGAGGAUCAAAAAGAGAGCGACAGCGAACCGGAGAAAACCCUCGAAACGGUCGACAAACCCAAAAACAUCGUUCAAUGGCAAGUCGACGUGAACUACAAGAAGGAACAGGAACGAUUGAAAAUCCCUUCGGAUCCCAAAGAUUGGAGCACCCUGCACGUGCGCCAUUGGAUCCAAUGGGCGGUGCGACAGUUCAAUCUCACCGAUAUCAAAUUGAGCGACUGGCACAUGGACGGCGGUCGAUUGAACGGGCUGACCAUCCAGGAUUUCCAGAAAAUCGUCCGCACCGAUCCGGGCGACGUUUUCUGGACGCAUUUGGAGUUGCUGAGGAAGAUGAAGGUCGUCGCUACGAAGAAAGAGCCACCUAAGCGGAUCAUACCGAAAGUAAUCAAAGUGAACAAGCCGGUGAAGAAGGACUUGAAAAUCCUGAAUUAUUCAACGAACGUGCGUUACUUCGAUCCUUCUACUUACACAACGGGCAACAACAAAACGGGCAGCAACGGGCAAAUCCAGCUGUGGCAGUUCCUGCUCGAGUUACUCACGUCUCGCGAAUACAAAACCGUCAUACAAUGGAUAGGUAAAGACGGCGAGUUCCGCCUGAAUCAUCCCGAAGUGGUGGCGCAUCUCUGGGGCGAGAGAAAGAACAAACCGACGAUGAACUACGAGAAGCUGUCGAGGGCCUUGCGGUACUACUACGACGGCGAUAUGAUAUCGAAGGUGCACGGUAAACGGUUCGUCUACAAGUUCGUCUGCGAUCUGAAGCAAUUGCUCGGCUACAGCGCCGUCGAAUUGGCCAAUUUGGUCAAGUACGGUUGUCCCGAUGAGAAAUGAACCUGGUCCUGUGAUAUU